GGGGGCGACACGACGCCAAAGAGCCGGAAGCAGUUUAGUGCCCGUUUUGUUUUGGUCCUCCUGUUAGCAGAGGCUAGCUAGCUAGCUAGCGUUCACAUCAGUUCGGGGUUCCACGGUCAUAUUUUUCCUGCCCAGCUGGAGGAGAUGAAGAAGUUUUUGGAAGGAUUUAAGACGGACAUUAAGUUUAAAUCGGCGGGACCUGGAAAGAAAUUGACAGAAGACACCAGGACCAAAGCUGAGGGGGUGCAGAGCAGCUCCAACGUCAAGCAUAAUCGCCAUGCUCCCAGUGAAGGGGCCCAGAGGGCUGGAGCCGCAGCUCUGGCCAGGAUUGAACAGCAUCAGCGACCUAAGGUCCACACCUCUCAGGAUGUUAUCAGGAACCAGGUUAAGAAGGAGCUGGAGGCAGAGGCAGCUGCACUAGCUGAAAAAGAAAAGUCAGCAACAGCAGAGGGGUCCAAAGUAAAAGAUUCGGGCACUCUGUCCGUGUCUGGUGUGUAUUUCACCUGUCCACUAACUGGAGCCACUUUAACUAAGAGUGAGAGGGAAGUUCACAUUAAAGAGGCAAUUUUAAUGAGGUUUGAGGAGGACCCAGUUGAAGCUUCUGUUAUGAUGAUGCACACGUUUAACAAAGACAGAGAGAAAGUAAAGGCUGCUGUGGAAAUUAUAAGCAAAUAUGUGGAAAAUAUAUGUAAGAAUCCAACUGAGGAGAAAUACAGGAAGAUCAAACUCAGCAACAAGGUGUUCCAGGAGAAAGUACGUUCUGUGGAGGGAAGCAGAGAGUUUCUACAGGCCUUGGGCUUCAUAAGUGUUAUGCUUAAUGUAGAGGGUCAAGAGGAGGAAGAAGAGUUCCUAGUGUUACCAGAGCAGAGUACCGAUGCCCUGGAGCUGAUGAAGGAGAGGAGGGAUCGACUUCACAGAGGAGAACCAGUGAGAGCUCAGCUGGACAGACAACAUCAGGCUUUCAGACCUUCUCCUAAUGCACAGCGCUUUGAGCUGCCACCAGAGUUCUACAAUCUGACUGCAGAGGAGCUCAAGAAGGAGCAGCAGCAGAGGAGUGAUUUGGUGGAAAAGAACGCAAUGCUGCGUACAAAGGCCAUGAGGGAGAAAGAUGAGCAGAGGGAGAGAAGGAAAUACAACUACACCCUGCUCAGGAUCAGGCUGCCUGAUGGAAACCUGCUUCAAGGGACCUUUUAUGCGUGGGACCGGCUACCUGUGCUGUUCGAGUUCGUAAGGGAGUCUCUGGUGGACAGCUGGCAACCCUUUGAGCUCAUUGGUCCUGGAGGACAAAAGCUGCGAGAGUCUGAGGAUGUUGCUCUUGCAGAGUGUAGCUUGGUGCCAGCAGCUUUGAUCACCUUUGCCUGGGAUGCAGCUGUACAAGCAGACAUUGCAGCUGCAGGUGGAAAGAGUCCCACCCUUCUCAAACCAGAGCUGCUGGAAAGUAUUCAGAGCCUGAGCUGAGUAGACACACCCUGAACUCUCCCUGCUACCUCCCUCCCUUUCACCACAGCGGUGAAACUAAUGAUGAGAUAUUCUUACAAAUGCUAACAUGCGUUCGUAGCAGUGAUAGAACAGGGCCAACGUAUCUUUCCCUGCAUGCUCUGCUGAGCGCACCCUUCUCUCUUGGCUGUAAGGAUAAUUUCACCCUACAGUGUUGUUAUACGAAGCGCCACAAGCAGAUUUAAGGAGGAACAAGGGACAGGUGUUGUUGUCCUGAAUGUGUGUGCUGUCUCUAAACAGACUGAGUCCUUGUACCUUGCAGUCAGCCAGUCAGGUUACUUUGUGUGGCAUGUUAAGAGACCUGGUUAUAACUGUGUUACCUCUUUCUCCUGUCAUUUUUAAGUGAGUAGCUUUCAUUUCAUUUGCUUCCAUUGGUGGGUUAGCAAAAUGAACACACAAAACCGCACAGUCAUGUAGAAGAAAUUAAAUAUAAGUGAAGAGAUACCACCAAUAUAGUGAAUUGGUGGUAUCUCAGCACUGUCAAUAGCUUGUUAUGUACAAAGAGCUGCAGUGUGUGAUUGCACUGGCUUCAAUCAAGACUUGAAAUGCUUACGAUUUUCCAAGUGGUGUUCAAGAUUUGUCUGUACUGAUGAUCGGCUGUACUCGUUUUAAACGAUAGGAGUCAACACACAAGCUUCUGUUGGUUGUUUGUCUUCUGCUCUGCAGUGGCCCCGUCUUCUUUGGUGUUGGCUUUUGUGGUUACUUUAAAAAUUAAAAGUGCAAAUGGAGAUUUGUCCAAGUCAGGAAUUGUAAAACAGACAUUGUUCUUAAUAAUUUGAUGUAAAAUGUGAAGCAAAAAAUGUAUUUUCUUUAAAACAUUAGAAAACACUAUCGAACAUCCAUAUUGCUUUAUCCACACUACUCCAGUAACAAAGGCUCACUGCAGCAGCUUCUUAUGGCACACAGGCAUCAUUAUGUUAAAGUUGACAGCACAGAUGUCUGAUGUCCUGAUGCUUUAUGUCCGUUAUGUUGGAAUUAAACAUAUUUACAUGAGAUAAAAGGCUUUUGGUCUAAACGAUUUUAUGAAAAUAACAUUUAUAGCCUCAAUUGUCCAACCAAUUCAAUGAGAAAUCAAAGUAGCUAAUAUAAGUGAAGUAUUAGAUUUACUCCCAACGUUCUAUUUUUGUUUUUGCUGAGCGAGAAGAUAGACGAGGUAAAUCUGUACAAGCAACUAUAGUUCCUCUUCUUGUGGUUGGUCGAGAUGACAACCUACCUCUUAUCACUUGGCUUUCUUCCCAAGUGAGCUGAAGAUAAAUACUUUUUGAUAUAAUUGUAUAAUUUUCUUACAUCCCCUUCAACAUGCACAACGGUUGAACUGUCCAUUUCAUGCAGACUACUGUGCACAGUGCAAGACAGAGUUGAUAUUAGGGCCUAGUCAGACCUGUACAUGACUGCACUUCCCUGCUGUAUCCAACUCCUCUACAUUUAUGCAGCAAAAGCCUAUUUUAUUUAAUCUGCAUUGUAUUUUGUGAAUCGAUGUGACCUGUCCAGAUGUUCUGAUGCUUAUCCUGUCGGUAAUAAAAACUGCUUGCACUGCAUUGAGUUUAACUUCAGCCUAUCUAAAUGAAACAUAGCUAAAUUAUUGCCAGUGGUAUAUGAGUAGUAAAAGAUGCAGUGUUAGACAAAUUUAAUAUCUUUAACACUAAACUGGAGAAUCUGUGAAAAUGUGAUUUCUUAAAUGUAAACAGUAGUGUUUAAGUAGUAAAUGCUUUUUUGUUGUUGUUACUUCACUUAAAAACACUUUGUUGGA